UUGAGCUAGCUCAGUAAUCCGGAUACACGACCGGUACAAAUAUUUAUUGUGUCUGGUUUCGAAUUCUGAUGCUGUCUUUCUGCGAGUUUGAAUUACAAAGGAGUGAUGCGCAAUAUAGUGUACUUAUUGAGCGAGGCAAUAUCUUAUUUCAGUAUCUUGCAAUACUAAAGACACCAGUGGAGAGACUUAAUAAAUCACCAGCUGACGGCUAUUACCACAGACAUACCGCAAAUAAGGAUACGGCGGAAACCAGAUUUGUUCAAUAUUGCUGUAUAUUAAGGUAAUAAUCAAUUUCAAUCAUUUUGCAACGAAAAGGUAUUACAUUUGAAACAAAACAGCUCCCAGCCAGGUAUGGAGAUAAAGUAGUACGAUGUAAUAGAUUUAAUCAACUUAAUUACUGCAGUGAACAUGAUAUCAAUGAAUAGGUUUCCCCUUUUGUCGGCAUUAUUCCCUAUUUGGUAAACGUAAAAAUCAGUUAUACGGAUACUAGCAAUAUGUACAAUAAACACCGAAAAGGUCAUUAGUGCCAAUAAAUUAUGAUUAAAAUGUAUGUUAAACAAAACGUUAUCAACCAAACAAAACAUGAUAAAUAGUCAUAUAUUGUGGUACAGACAAAAUAUUUCAGAUGGUACAAAAUUUUCUAUAUGAUAACAGUUUCGAAUGUUAUCCCUUGCAGCACUAAUUUAUUUUAUUAUGAUGGCAGUGGGGUUAAGAUAGAUUACACUCAUUUGAUUUGUUCGUAUUUGGACAGUAUAUAAAUGACAGCAUUAUGCUAUUUGUGACGUAUUACCACCGUAAAGAGCUUUAUGUCAGCUGGAAAUGUCAUGCAGUUAAUCUACACAAUUCUGGGCUUACUUUCAACCUCGUCUAUGCUGUCAAUGCUGUGUACUGCUCAAUUCUCGUUUUAUCUCGCACACAGGAGGCGUGACAAAUCGUCGCAGCACGUAUACAUGGUAUAAAGAUAACGGUAUAUGGCACUUGUCGUAAAGGUUCCGAGCAGGUCAUAACAGUACGAUGAUUAUUGGAUCAAUGAAGCAGACACAAGUUAAAAAGUAAAUGUACUUUGAAGGAGGAGAACCAUUAUACAUUUACCAAGAGCGUAAAGGUAUAGUGUUUCAGCAGACGGCCGCGACAUCGCAAGGAGUUGAGACGAUAUGGAACAUUCAUAUUUGAAAGCUGUGUAAAUUUGAGAAACGAUCCCGGAUGAUUACAAUCGCUUUUAUUAUGGAGAUAAGUGAAUAUAUGAUGUACACUGGUGUAUCGAAAGACUCGUGACAUUGAACUAUCAAAAUGACACCAUGUACUGUGUGACUAUAGAUUCAGUGUACAUAUGUCAUCUGGUGCGACAGUGAUAACCUUUCAGUAUGUUAUAGACACAUACGUAUAUAUUACAGGAUUUCUUAUAAUGAAAUACUAAAUAUUAGUUUUCGUGACAAGUAAGCUGAUUACCAAUGUAAGUGAUAAUCUCGACACACAGAAAAAUGUAAGGUCAAACGCCCGUUCAGAUUUUAAAGAACAGGUUGUUAUGUUCUACCUUAUACUUUAUGCACAACUGCCAUGAAACUCCAUGAUCAGAUUGAUAAUGUGGAUAUAUAUGUGCGAUACUUUGCCAUUAUCAUAACGCUGUGGAAAUACUUUCAUAGGAAUAUUUUUAAUACUUCGCGAUUACUAUAUGGAAGUAUACAUUUCGGAAAGGAUUUCUUUGUGCUUAAAAGAAAUGAUAAACAUUUGAGCCCGGAGAGACCAGUGACGUGUAAGUCAUUACAUCGGCAAUGAAUACUCUCAAUGUGGAUGGAACAUCAGCUAGAAGCUUCAUGCUACUGCGAGAUAAUAGUUUCAUUAUUAUCAUAUAUUUGUCGAUCUGAAAGCAUUUUCCAUAGCAUAGAUAUACUAUACUCAGAGACGAUGCAUACUACGUAGCCAUGCCGUACACGGACUGUAAUCUGACUGAUAGGGUGGACUGUGAGCAGGAUGUCAAUGUAGGGAUCUCUGUUCUGGCCCUGUGUCUUGGUGUCAUCUUAGCCCUUUCGGUUGCUGCCAAUGGGAUGGUAUGCUUCGUCUUCUACAGGAAGUCCAAUCUUUUAAGCAUCUCGAACAGCUUCGUCCUGAACCUGUCCUGCUCGGAGCUUGCGCUUUCUGUCCUCGUGCUGCCGUUCACUUUGACAUCCGUCUUCUCUUCGUCGGGUUGGAUAUUCAAUGACACUUGGUGUAAAAUCCAGGGAUUUAUCUUCAGCGUUUGUGUGUUUUCUAUACAAUUUUGCCUAAUGAUCAUCUCCCUUGACAGGAAUUAUGCUAUCAUAAACUCCCUUCGUUAUGUGAACGUAUUCACACAGAAACUGGCUAAUAUCCUAAUAGCGUUGUGUUGGUUGAUAAGUAUAGUGUUAGCAUCACUUCUGUUGCUAAACUGGGGAUCAUACGACUAUAUACCUAACCAAUACACUUGCGCAAUCAACUGGGAAGUAUCAAGUGAGUUUCUCAUCACGGUGUGUGUAAUUGUAUUUAUCCUCCCUCUUCUGGUGCAGUCAAUAUGCUAUCUGAGCAUUUUUAAAGCAGCGAUCAGCCACACAAAGCGGUCGAGUAGAGUGUAUCCUUCGAUGCCGAGUUCCAUCCGGGGAAUGACAAGUUCAGUCCAGGACCCCAAUAGUGAUUCAUCUGAUACAAGUGACAUUUCACAAAAUGUUCCGGUGAAAUAUCAGAAUAUGGAGUGCAAGGCUGUGCGAACUAUUCUGUUGAUUGCUUUUACAUAUGCGAUUUGCUGGGUCCCGUACAUGACGGUAUCGGUUUUGAGACUCCGAUCUGUUGCCAUCAUGUCUUACAGCGAUUCGGCAGCAGUAUGCUUUCUCUUCCUCACUGGAGUAAUUAAUCCCGUUAUAUACGUGUUUAUGAACAGGGUCAUGCGCUUCGAGAUUAAUAAUUUUUUCUGUGGACCUAGUACGCGAGAUUCGAGGAAAUCGAGCACUUUCGAUGACAACGAUGAUUUUUAUUCAACGACGACGAUGAGCUUGUCGAUACCAAAGACAUCGUCCUCGUCAAGCAGUUGUCCGACUAGAUCUGGAGGAAAAAGCAGCAGGAGAAUAGAGAUGAAAACAAUAAAAGAGGAGGAGGUAGAGCUAGAAAAUGUGUACAAGCCAUUUCCUCAAAAUAACGAAGAAUCUGGGGUAAAACUUGAUGCCCUUGAUAAGACACAAAGAAAACCAGAACUAUUUCUCAACCCUACUGAUUUAUAUCUACAGAGGAAACGGAUACGCACUAAGCGUGAGCGUUUGAUGUCUAUAAGUGAAGAAGCGACAAUACCCAUUGAGGGGACACUCGACCCUGAAUGGCAAUGUUUGGAGGACUUGGAUAUGGCAUGGAGUCCUGCCAUCGACAAGGAGUUUCAGCAUAGGCAUCGCCGAUCCCGGACUAAUUCUUUAAGUGCGAAGAAAGACGAAGCAUUUUCAAAAAGACGCCGGGACAGUGGAUCAUUUCUGUAUUUUGAACAUUGCAGUCCAAGCAAAGGUCAUCACGGACAGAACCGCAGAUCAGAGCGGGGGCUGUCAGUAGACGAAGCGUUAUUCAGGUUCGAUAAUCUUCCUGGAAGAAAGCAACACAGACACCAUAGCCUUUUUGACGGAAUGAAAAAUCCCAUUACUGUGUCAAUACCAGACACAGAAGAUUGUCGACCACACUCGUCGUAUGCUGUUUCUGGUAAUGUGCAAAAACGUCAACCUGGAUUAUCGUUCAAAUAUAGUCCUAAGUGUAGUCGCGAGUGUAAUUCUGCCUCAGAUCCAGAACUGAACAGGAAGUCAUCCGCGGAAUCUAAUAUCAUACAGACAUCAUCCAUAGAUGAUAAUUCAGCGCGGACUGCAAAUGUUUCUUCAAAGCAAAAUAGGGAAUGCUUGUCUGCGUGAAGGAAUUAUAUCCAACCAAUUAUACAUAUAUGUUCAAUCAAGGUUUGCCUUUAAGGUACAGGUAACUAUUAGUCAAUGAGAACGAGUUACUUGAUUUGUUUAGUUGAGCAAACACAGUCUCAUUAAAAUGAGUAUUUGUGAUUAUCCGAAAGAUCCAUUCAGUCAGUUUCUGGAACACAAUAAAAAAACAGCUGAAAAAUAAAUUGACGAAUCUCAAUGUGGGCAUCGUUCCUGUAGUAGUGUAGUUCAUUUUGCUUUUAUUGAAACAUGCGUUUCCAUGCUUCCCCGGUAACCAUUGAAACAGCAAAAUUUCUAGUGUAAAUAAGUUGAAUAAUAGUUAAAUAUAUUUUUCUAUAUGGUAUAAUUUCUAUUUUCCGUGACUUUUUGAAGCUAUGGAAAAGUACCGGAGAGGUUGCCGAUAUUUAGAUCGCUAUUAGGUCUACUCUUUGUUGUCUUGAUUUUUUGUAAAAAACAAACCCCAAAAAACAGUACUAAAUGAGCCAUAUUAACCAUUCCGGCUAUAUGUGUACAAUUAGUACCGAACUUAAAUGAUUGUUCUUUGUAUUAAAACAUUUUCCCAAGUUUUAUUUUACUUGAGAAAAUGAUAUCAUCUA